UUUUCUCGAGUAAAUAAAUUGAAUAUUAAUGUUGUUUGCAACAAUAUGCUCGCUUAUAAUUAUUUUGAGAUUUUCGGCGUGCGAAGACCAAAGUGUCGAUGUCAAAAAAACUCUUGUUUGGGGGCCAGGACUAAAACCUGACGACAUUGUCUUGCCUGCAAGAUAUUUUUUUAUCCAUGCCGUCGACAAGACUGGGAAAAAAUUUGCGUCCCGUACGUAUUUAAAAUUUCAAGUGCACAUAAAUGGACAUUCUCCACAUGGAAAAUGUCGGUAUAAUAUUAACCAAAUUGAUCGUGAAGACGGGUCCACCAUUGUUCGUUACACUAUUGCCGAUUGGUGCGAGAAUGUUGAGAUUAAUGUGCAAUAUAAUGGCUCGCAUGUGGCACAUUCCCCUUAUCUGGUUCAGAACAAGGUCUACUCGGAGCGCUGCUACUGUCCGCAGGAGCUCAAUCUUUGGCUGUUAAAAAAUGACUGUGCCGCUUUCGAAGAUGACAGACAGAUAUCCUGGGACUUGCACUCAUUUAAGCGUGUGAACUUCAGUGCCAUACGUGACAAUUUGUUAAAAAGAUAUAAUGCUCCAGAGAGUAUUUCUUUGUGCCACUAUGUGGUAAAAAACCAACAAAUUUGGAGAAACUGCUAUGGAAAAUAUACUGGCUUCAAGAUGUUUAUGGAUGCGACGUUGUCUGCACUGUCUCGCGUGGUUUUCCUGCCUGAUAUGGAAUUUUAUUUAAAUCUUGGCGACUGGCCGCUAUCGAAAAAAGGCGGUCAGCAAAGGACAUCGGGGCCAUACCCAAUAUUUUCAUGGUGUGGAAGUGACGACACCUACGACAUAACAUUGCCUACGUAUGAUAUUACCGAGUCCACAAUAGAGAAUAUGGGACGGGUUAUGUUGGAUAUGUUAUCUGUGCAAAAGGACGAAUAUUCAUGGGAAAAUAAAGAAGAAAAGGCUUUCUUUCGCGGCAGGGAUUCGCGACGAGAAAGGUUGGAUCUGAUUGAUCUGGCAAGAAAAUAUCCCGAUGUAAUCAACGCGUCUAUAACAAAUUUCUUUUUCUUUCGCAAUGAAGAGGAUAAAUACGGUCCCAAGGUACCGCAUAUAUCCUUCAUGGAUUUCUUUAAGUACAAAUAUCAGUUAAACAUUGAUGGAGCUGUUGCGGCAUAUCGAUUACCCUAUUUACUUGCAGGCGGAUCUUUAGUUUUAAAACAAGAUUCACCUUAUUACGAACAUUUUUAUAGUAAAUUGGUACCAUAUAAGCAUUUUGUGCCUAUCAAGCGUGAUCUCAGCGACGUAAUCGAAAAAAUAGCUUGGGCUAAAGAAAAUGAUGCCCGUGUUAAGGAAAUCGUAUCAAAUGCACGAGCAUUCGUCGAAGCAAAUCUUUUACCACAACAUAUUUAUUGUUAUCACAUGAUAUUAUUUAAGGAGUGGAGCAAUCGUUUAGUGGCCCCAAUAGAUGUGCUUCAGGGUAUGGAAAAACUAAAUUCGAGUUAUACAUGCUCUUGCAAACAAAAACAGUUUAAAGAUGAACUUUAGACUUUGAUCUUUUUGUACUUUUAUCUAUCAUAUUAAGUAGU